GAUAUCACAACAGUCAAAGAAAAUAUAAGCAUAGCUGUUAAAAAUAUUGCAAAAAGCGUCAAACCAACGCCCAAUAUUAAACUACAAAUGUACGUGAGGGUGAAUCAGCUUAGCCAUCAACAAUAAUUAUAUAGAUUCUCAAAUCUAACGCUCUCCCACGCAAGUCUUCCACUCAGUUUUGAAUAACAGCGGCCACAUCAUGUCCAAUGCUGAGAGCAACAACAUGGCCGAGUACUCACGCCGGCUGGCCAUAUUCUCUGUCAACAUGUACAACAAACUGUCGCUGAUGAAACCAAAUGAGAAUGUCGUCUUCUCUCCAUUCUCUAUACAGAGCUGUGCUGCGAUGGCGCGUCUGGGCGCUGAGGGUGAGACAGCAGCUGAGCUCGAUCGUGGUCUUGGCCUGGUCUCCACCGAUGAGCGUCAAAUUGCAGAGAGUUUCCAUCAAGUGAUCAGUGCCUACGAGAAGAGCGACAUUCUGCGUAUUGCCAACAAGAUCUAUGUUAUGCAGGGCUACAAUCUGCGCGCUCAGUUCAAUGAGCUGCUCUCCAAGCAGUUUUUGUCUGGCGCAGAGAAUGUGGACUUCUCCCGCAGCGCUGAAGCCGCAGGAAAAAUCAAUACGUGGGUGGAGCAGCAAACGAAUCAUUUGAUUAAGGAUUUGGUGCCGGCGAGUGCACUGGACGGAUUCACACGUCUGGUGCUGGUGAAUGCGAUUCACUUCAAGGGUAACUGGGUGCAUGAGUUCCCCGCGCAUGCAACAAGAAAUGACAAGUUCCACUUGAACAAUGUGGACAGCAUUGAUGUGCCAAUGAUGAAUGUUAAGGCACGCUUCCGAUAUGCGAAUCUGCCCAAUUUGGAUGCCAGCGCGUUGAAAAUGCCCUACAAGGAUUCGGACUUGUCCAUGUUGAUAGUGCUGCCUAAUACCAAAACGGGUUUGACCCAGCUGGAGGAAAAACUGCGAUCCACGCCCAUCUCAUUGAUUACUGAGCAGCUGCGCAGCACGGAGGUGCAGGUCAAGCUGCCCAAGUUCAAGGCCGAAUUUCAGGUGGAGCUCUCUGAAGCUUUCCAGCAGUUGGGUAUGACUCGUAUGUUCUCGGACAAUGCCCAGUUCGGCAAAAUGCUGACGGAACCGGAAGCGCUGAAGGUGUCGGCCAUUAUCCACAAGGCUUUUAUCGAUGUGAAUGAGCAGGGCACUGAGGCAGCCGCCGCCACCGGAAUGUGCUUUCAAGUAAUGUCGCUGGCUAGUUAUAAACCGGAACCGGAAUAUUUUUAUGCCGACCAUGCAUUUAAUUAUUAUAUUAUUAAUAAACAAAACAUUGUACUCUUUGCUGGUAGACAACAAAAGCCUUAA